UCCCGGCCAGGGGAGACGGAAAGCCAGGGGCACCCGUGCGGGUCGUACCGGCGGGGGGCGAUGGAGGGGUCUUCCCGGGGCGACAGCUCCGGUGACCGGCUGUGCAGCGCCGCCGCCCGCGGGGACCGCGAGGAGGUGCGGAAGCUCCUGGACGCGGGCGCGGAUCCCAACGGGACCAACUCCUUUGGGAGGACCCCGCUCCAGGUGAUGAUGCUGGGCAGCCCGCGGGUGGCCGAGCUGCUGCUGCAGCGCGGAGCCGACCCGAACCGCCCCGACCCGCGCACCGGCUGCUUCCCGGCGCACGACGCGGCCCGCGCCGGCUUCCUGGAGACGCUGGCGGCGCUGCACCGCGCCGGGGCGCGCCUGGACCUGCCCGACGGCCGCGGCCGCCUCCCGCUCGACGUGGCGGCGGGGGGCCCUCACGGACCGGUGGGCCGGUACCUGCGACACCCGCCGCCCCUCCCUGCCGCUGCACCAGGAGACGGGCCGCCCGCGGAGGGGGCUGCUCGCUGACCCACCCCCGGCCUCCCAUCCCCUCCCCUCUAGACCAUCCCGCUGUCCGCCGUCCCCCCUCGCCGCAGCACCCGAAGCCCCGGCGGCAGCCGUCCCCCGCCGAGAGCCUCUCCCCUUGUCCCCUGCGCGCAUCUCCGCGGCAGGUACCUGGCGGGUGCUCCCGGGAGCCCGGCUGCUGGGGAGAGUCGUUUUCUGUCUCUCUGCCCUAGAGAUCCUCCCGCAUACCCCGGGCACUCCGUGCCCUGCUUCUGCGAGGCGACGCAUGUUGCUGCAUUUUCCAAGAAAAAGCGGAAGAAACCAAAACACGGCCGCGGGGAGCGUUCCUGGUCCUCCCCCUCCGCGGGCUCCCCGGUGGGCGGAGGACAAGCGGCAAACGGUUCUCCCGUGCUCCAGAGCAAAAAAGAAAAUUCGUCGUUUCCCCUUUUCAUUUAUUGUUAAAUUGAUGCUUUAGGGAAGUGAGAACGCUCCGCUUCCCUUAGAGGCUUGCUCACUGCCCUGAAAGCCACCGCCUUGGUCUCCAUCAGAUACUUGUCUUAUUCACGAUGGUACUGAGUUUAUUCAUUAUCGCACAGUCCUUGAGGGCUUCGUAUUUUAGCGAUACCUUGAGAUUUUUUUUUUAUAUAACUCUCUGAAAGACCGAUCAACUUAGCCACCUCGUUUACUAAUUUAAUUAAUCUUCAAAUCUUCUCCUCACAACGCCCCGCUCAAUUUACAGUGUCUUAAAAUAUUUCACACUGAUCGAGAUUACAAUUUGGCAACUACUACAAAUAUUUCGUAUAGAUAUAUUUAGGGAAGGCUACUCAUGUGAGAAACCAAUUGGUAAUCGUUUAGCUACUGCGUAGUUUUAACAUUUGGAGAUACCCCGUUCAUUCAGACGAUCUGUGCAACGAGCUCGGUAUAUUUAAGACAGCUUUCCGAGUCUCUAAACCAGACACUUGGAAAAAAACAAACAAACAAACAAAAAAACCCGAAUGGCCGAGCUUGGUUAAAAAUCUGAAUCUCUUAAUAUGCAUUGCCCCUGUUUUUCCUACGCUAUUUCCAUCAUCUACCCAAUGUUCGUACUACUUACGUAUGAUGAAAUACCUGUUAUUAUUCAACAACAAAAUGUCAAAGCGGUUGGCUUAAAAAAAGCAAUCCUUGUGUUCAACUAUUAAAUGGCUUUGUG